GCAUUUUCAUUAAAAUGAUUACAACCUGAUUCCGAUAAUUUUUGUCCAAAUUUGUCCGGAGCAGGUCUAUACGAAGCAAAUGAAAACCCCUUUCGACGGGCGAUGGUUGAGGUUAUGUUUUUUUAAAAACAAAAACUAUUUAUCCAUGACCAUGACAUUCUUGGAUCAUGACUAUUUACCAACAAAUAACCAACUACCAUUUUACAUCUCUUAUCUCUACUCGUACUAGUCGUUCUCCUACUCUAUUACUUGUAAAAACUUAAAACAUAAACGUUCAUGCUUCUAAUGCCCUUUUCACUGUUUAAUUUCAAAAUUGGGGACUGUUGAAACUUAUAAUGAAUCCUAGACAAAGAAGGGCGACUGCCAGGAUUGGCAUGAUUCCUGUGGAAAACAGGAGAUCUCACUGCAUGGACAAACUAAGUUCCGAAAUUUUUCAAAUGACUGAUUGCUCCAAUCCAAAUAGGGAUCAUAUGCAAAGUUUAUUAGCAGAUACCUAUUGCUACCUUGAAGGUGCCGAAUUGUUACACACAGCAACUAUAGAUUUUCUUCUGAAAUCGUUGGGAGCUACAGAAAAUGAAUAUAUCAGUAUACAAGAGUUUACAUUUAAACCUUGCGACCGUUGGUUUUGCAGACUUUUAAUUCUAGCUUGUCUAGAAGUUGGCGAUGAUAAUUUUGUAAAGGAAUGCAGUUUUCUUUUGCGUGAAGCUUUAGCAACUUUCAAGCCAGCUCGAUUAGAAUCAGCCCAGUUGCUGAUAAUAAUAGACAAAUUCGCGGAUUAUUUAGAUGUUGAAGGAGAUCCACAUAUCGCUGAAGAUUUAUUGGAUUUUGUUAGAAAAGCCAACUUAUUAUCUACAAACUCUUAUAAAAAAUAUACUGAAGAAAUCGCAAAAAAAGCCAUGCACUGUUUAAGCAAAGAACAGCACCUGGAACUUACCCAGGUUGAUAAUUUACCCAUCAGAGGUAUCUCAAUUGAUAAAUUAAAUAUUGGCUUUGAUAUUGGAACUGUUGAGUUUGAGGCAGCUAUGACAAGAGUAAUUGAAAUGUUUUCGAAUAAUAUAGAGAAUCGUGAAGGUGGUAUGCUUUAUAAAAUAUUAAUUAAUAAACAAUCAAAGGAAGAUUUUGACAAUUUAAUCAUGCCACGAUUAUCUAAGAAAUUUCAAAGCCUGGAUUUUGAAGGAGAAUUUUUUCAAAGUCUUCUAAAAUAUUGGAUUCCUUUAAUGGUAUACAGAUAUCCUAUGGGUUUUCAUUCAUUAUAUCAAGGUAAUGAAGAUUCACUUCCCAAUUAUCUGAUAGGAUGUAUUGAAUAUGAAGGAAGAAGAAGAAAUUUGAAGCAAUUUGGAAGCGCGGAACAUCAAAUAUCAUUGUUGAAAUUACUUUAUUCGCAAGAAGAAACCCGAAAAAUUGCUCUCAAAAUUCCAGGAUGUCCUCAAGUCGAUUCAUUUCUGAAAGUUAUUGAAAAGCAUGGCAUAUGGUAUUUUUUGGAAGGACAAAGUUUUCCAUUGAACUCAGAGGAAAACCGAAGUCUUGCUAGAUAUUUCAAAUCAACUUGUGGUUUACUUGUGAGGUACCACAUGCAAUCAAAGAAUUUGAGGGAUAUUGUGACUGGGACAUGUUCGUAUGCCAUAAACCUUCUUAAAACAGAUAGGAAGUUUUUGGGAGCCCAAAUUUUGAAGAUUUUUUUUGAAGAUGGCCCCAACUCAUUAAUAAAUACGCUAUUAGAAUUUGAAGAGGAUUUUUGUCCUGAUUUUUUUAAAUUUUUGAAACAUCUGAAAAGCGAAGAAUUUGCAGCCUGCAUAGAACGGUUGGUAGCUGAUGAUGACGCUGUAUGCCAAGAACUAUGUCAAUUAGCAGGAUGUGUUAUUAAAACACCUAUAAUAAUACAGGGGCCAUUUUUGAUAGGGUUUAUCGAUAAAUGUUCCGAUACUCUUUCAAUCAAAGGUCUAGAUCAAGUAAGAAACUUAACAAACAUGAUGAUACAAUACAGCGGCAGGGAACAAUACAUCCUUGAACUUCUCCUAGCAGAGUUACCAACUGUCUUUGAUUGCACGACUCAAAAAAGAAUUUUCAAAGCAUCUCUUUUGCUAGAAGCCUUGAUUGAAGCAAUGCAUUAUAAUUGGGUACAUAAUUGUCUAGUUUCAAGGAUUUUUUCUCCCAGUUUUCCUGUUGCCUUCUUUGUGAAGGUAGUUGAUUUGAUACUAACAUGGGAUUCUAAUGAGGCAGAUGAAAACUUCAAUGCUAAAAAUAAAUCAGACAAAAUUUUAGAGUCACUAUAUAAUAAUUGUUGUCAGUACAUUGGCAAUUUUCAUCGUCGUUUACUUGUUGACAAUUUUGAUGUGGUUGAAAAAGUAAUAAAGGUCAUCGAAAAAUCUAGCAAGCGUAGACCAACAAUGAAGAGUGUAGAAUUAUUGAGCAGGUUUUCUUUCAAUUGGGGAGCAAGUUUGAAAAUUUACUGGUUCAAUAAAACGCUUUACAAGAUUGAAUGUGUUGAGGAAAUACCAAAUUUGACAAUAAGGAAGAACCCUGAAAUACGACUGGUUCUGCAUGCUUUUUGUCAAUCAGAUCAAAAUAGACAUUUCAUAAAAACAACUCUUGACCAUAUAUUGAAGAUUUUAUCAAACGGUGAAGCUACAGACGCGACAAAGGCAGCUGCAUUCAAUUGUACUGAGCUUCUGAUGUCCGAUAAAACUAUGUAUGAUGACACCAUGAAAUAUGCUCCCAAAGUUAUUUUAGAGUGUGUGCGGCAUUUUGAGAAUAGAAAUUGGGUGGUUAGGAACGCCUGCUUCCAAUUACAAAAAUCCCUUAUCGAUAGAUUUCUAGGAGUCCACAUGGGCUACAACAGACGCCAUAGGGCUAUCGACGACCUUUUCAUACUUUUUCCAGAAAUUAUUCUUCCGUUUUACCAAAGGCUUGUUACAAUACCUUUGAACGAUUCAGCCUUGGCAGUGAUGCAAUUUUUCGCGGAAUCUCAAUUGAAAAUGCGACCUUUUACUCCGGAAAUACAGGGAUUGGAAAUUUUUUUGCAAGCUUUUAUAGUUUUGAUUAAAACUAAUUCCGAUAUUUAUGGAGUUUUUGCUGCCAGAGCAUAUGUGUCGUUGUGUUUGGAGAAAGAUAUACCUGAUAUUAUCGAACAUAUAGCCGAUUUUAUUAUUGAAGAUUUUGUAUUUAUUAAACAACGCAAUACUAUAAGAAAUUUUAUGUUACUUUUGCGAGAAUUGAAUGAAAAAUUCAUAAAUUUCAUAUCUGAAAAACCUACAAAACCUGAAGGUUUUUAUCAAAUUUCUAAGAGUUUGGAUAAUUUGGCAGAUUUCCUUUUUCAAAAAAAUAACUCAUACCAAAUGGAUUUACUUUUGGUCAAUCUUCAUAGCUUUGAAAUGUUAUUACCUACUUUUGAAUGUUCAAAUUUUCAAAUGAAUGUAUAUACUGAUAGAAUUCGCUUUAAUAAUAAUUUGCCAUUUUUUAUUAAUCAUGCGCCUUUGAAUACAUUAGAUGAUACGCUAAAAUUAAUUUUGUCCAAAAACUUAACAGAAUGUUUGCAAAUUACAGUUUUAACAACAUUGGUGGACAGAUUUGAUAAAAGCGAUAAACUUAAUUUUCCACUAAAAGAAAUUUUGAACAUUUUAAUUACUCACGCCUUAAAAAUUGAUAAUGCAAGGAACUAUUUGUUGAUGUGUUAUUUUAAGGUAAUUUUCAUGUUUUUUGAAUGUUGUCAGUGUUUGGAUAAAGAUUUUUCAGUUGGUGUUUAUUCAUUUUAUAAUGUUUCUGAGAAUAAUAUUUAUAAGAUAUUAAUCAAAUUCCUAAUAUUAAGUCAAACAGACAUUAGUGAUGCAAAGUUUGUUAAUUUAUCAAUAAAAUAUUUGCAAAACAAUCUUGCUAAUUUUGAUGAAGAUAUCUUACAAAUGUUUUCCAAAAUGCUCCAGUACAUUCACAAAUGCUGUGCUUGUUACCAUGAUAAACAAAGAAUAUUGAAGUUGGCAAUAUAUUUGAUACGAGAGCAUUGUCUCUGGCAUUUUGCAUCAUUUUUGGGAAAACUGAUGAUACCAACCCCGAUACAAGCCAUGCAAGUAUUACUAGGAAAAACAUUAUUAACAAAUUAUUUCGGUUUGCAUGAAAUUGCUGUUAAUUUUCUUAAAGAAUUGUAUGAAUUUGUUAAUGAGGAGAAUAGUGUUGCUAAAGUUAGCAAUGAAAGUUUCUAUUAUAGAGAAGAAUAUGUUUUUGUAAGUAAGGAUACAAUAAGUAAGAUUGUUCAAAAUUUUUUCGAGCAUGAUAAUUUACUUAUAGUUCCUGUUGCUUAGAUAAUUUAGUUUUAGUUGUUUUCGCUGUUUCGUGGUUCGCCAUAGGUUAGUUGAUUUAAAAAAAAAGCCUUAUUUUAACACUAAGAAAGCCUUUGACAUUUCUCCUCAUACCAAUCGGAAUAAAAUCUGUGCAAAUAUCUAUCACUUUUACAUUGUGAGAUUUGUUCCCAAGACUCUUUGUCUUGGGGUAAGUAAGGAAUAGUUGAGUAGGGUACAAGUAUUUCUCGAAUAUAAAAAAUAAUAUUUUGAUUUGUGAGGAAAUAGCUAUUAAUUUUCUUGUUAAGUUUUGUAAGGCUAUUUACAAAUAAUGUUCUCUUAUGGGUAGCCACGAAUCAUGAUUAAGAUGCGUUUUAUUUUUAAGGAUACCAUAAAGUAGAAUUGUUUCUUUUGGUAUUCUUCAUGUUGACUUAUUGAAAAAAGUAUUAUUUUUAACUGUGUUUUUUGUUUGAUACAUUACAUUAGUUUAUUAUUUACUUGAACUAAGAAGGAGGAAAUAUUGUCCAUUUAUUUAUUCUGCUAUUUUGAUAUGGUUACUUCCUCUUUCUAAUUCGAACAAAUAAUGUUAUUCUUAUUUUUAUACCUAUGUAAAAUAAAUUUGUACUAUCAAAUAA